GAGGGCCUUCGGGUUACCAGAUACGAAGUCGCACAGGAUGGAGAAGAGUCUAGGAGAGGAACGGAUUCUGUACCAACAUUAAGGUAUUCACAGACCCAUCUUCCAGGCGAGCAUUUUGGUCGCGUUGUUGUUUUUGAAGGGAAAACGGACACGACCAAGAUGCUCCUCCUGGCUCCCACGGAUUUCUGCUAGGUCUAAGAAGACGAAGCAGGCAGGGUUGGAGCAGGAUUUCAGAUGCAGGGCAUAGGCGAGGAUAGCAGUGACUUGCGAAGAAAAAAAGAAGCGAACGCUUUUUUUCGUCGUUUCCAGAAAUUCCAAGACAGCAACUACAUCCAAAAAACACCUGGUCCGAUGAUGGAGGGAAAGAGAGAAGGUUUGAAGAACCUCAGCAGUCAGCAACUCUCAAAUCUCUCAGUUUCAACCUACUUUAGGAGUUGCGAGUCCCUUGGAACAGUGCCGAAAGUGCCGAAGAGUAUCAUCCUAGACGCGAAGAAUGACGAAGAAGGAGUGCUUAGUAGCAGAGUGGAUUUGGAGGUACUAGCAUAAUUUUUUUCGCUUGAGGACUACUUGGUAUGUCCCUCAGCUACUUCUGCAGAGGCAGUUGUCUGAAUCACUGGACAUGACAUGUCCUCAUCUUCAUACCUCAUCUUCAUACCUCAGGCACUGGAUAUGACGGACACUGAUCUAGAGGCGUAUCAAAAGGCGAUAUUCAGCGAAAUUCCCAUUCUUCUAGAGAAGAAUAAAGUGACGCGAAAGCCAGAAAAAAACGACGUCCUACAGCUCUUGCCAGCAGUCAAGAUAAAAGUUUUGAGGAUGGGCAGGAAUCGUUUUAGCGAUCGAGGUUUGGCGAAGUUUCUGGCUGGGUUUGUGCAGUUGUUAUGAAGAUUGAUGUUGACGUGAUUCAUUAACGAUUAUAUUUUACGAAGAUCUCUGUUACUGUUUUUAGUGCUACUUUUUUAGUCAUACAACCGGCGUGUAAUAAUUAAUUCACGACGAGAAUCAAAAAUGUGCCUUGUUCGAACUCAUUACUGAGGCCCUCACCUCUCCACAAUUUUACUCAUCCCUUCGUUCUACAGUCAGUCCUACCGAUGAAUUACUCCCAUUUCAAAAUCCGGCAAAGGCCCAAAGAAGGUCUUCGAAUUGGAGGAGAUAAAUUUGCAAGGGUUGACUAUGUUUUCCGGUCUGAGCAUAGCGAAAUUGAGCGCCAUGAUGGGAGAGCCACAGUCUUUCCCACGAAUAGUCACGCUUAACUUGAGUGGGAUUUCGACACUCUUCACCCAGCACGACCAUUGCAAGUUGCUCUGUGAGAACCUAGUGAAAGUAGGGACACUGCAGGAGCUGAAGAUAGCAGACACCGGAUUAGGUCUGGUUUCACAGGCGACAGUGGUGCUUUUGGUGCAGGGCUUGGGAGACUUGUUAGCGAUAAAGAAUUUAGACCUAAGCAGCAACUUCAUAGGCAAAGACGGCUUUGUGGCGUUGGGGAAGGUAAAAUACGUUUGUUUUGCUUCGCGUGGUCCUUAAAGCUCACACUUUUCACACAGCAGAAACUUUACUUACACUUAGACUGAGCAGGUCACAAUUUUUACUAGAUCGACCACGUACCAGACAUAGACUUUCUUCUCCAUGCACCCCAAGAAGACCAACAAACUCUACCUCCGCAAAUCACACCAGUAUUGCGAAGACGCGCAGCUCCACGAGCUUUCUCUGAAUUGGAACAGCGACAAGCCGAACAGUUACAUGCCUCCCCCAGUGUAUAUUCCACCUACUGAAGACGGCGCUCCACCUCCUCCACCGCCCAAGGAAGAAGCAGAGGACGAGGCGAUAUGCUACUUCUUAGAGAAGUUGAACUUCCAGAAUCGCAUGGAAUACCUUUCCCUACGAGGAAGCGGCCUCUCCUAUGCAGCAGAUUUAGUGCUGUGCGAGGCUUUGGAGUGUAACAUAAACCUAGUCCAGUUCGACGCCUCUGACAAUGCCCAUGGCAAAGAUGGGUUGCGUUGUCUUCUGAGGUUACUGAUAUCACCCGAAUGCGGUGUAGCGAACUUGAGCGUGGCACAAGUGAGGGAGAAGUACUAUGCGCCUGGCGAGCAGUUCAGUUAUGGACGUAGGAAAUACAUCAUCUCCAAUGAAGGGAAGAAGACAAGAAGAAAGACAGAAGAAAAAAGAAGAAAAAAGGUGGAGAAGAAGACAAGAAGGAAAAAGAACCUAGAUGAUCUCUGAGAUGCAUUCUUCCCUUCACCUCUAAGCCAGGUAUAACUUCACAGACCCGAACGGAGCGUAUAGUCUCAGACUAGACAGGCCGAGCGAUCGGGCAACAUUGAAGUUGCUGCAUAGGUGUGCGUGGUACUUCAACGUCAAGGAAGCAGCUUUUGUGGACAUGGUACUUCAAUUCAUCGCUCUUUGUGACAUUUGAGUAUGAGCAUCUCUAUGAAGAUCCAUCAAAAUGAAACUGAGUCUCAGCACGACAAGUACACGCUUCUACUAAGUCUUUUUUCAGGAGCUUAGUCCCUCGUCCUUAGGGCUUAUUUUUUUGGUUUUUUUUUUUGGUUUUUACUGAACCAAGCACCCCACCACAGACUCUCGACGGUGCAUCCUGUGCGCUACCAGUAUCAGAGAAGCAGACCGACAGGGGCCGCGCCUACCAAUUUACACAGGAGAGAGGAAGGCUGAACUUCGUUUUCGUACUAGACGACAAACCCUUUCAAGAGGAACUGAAAAAACAACAGGGGAAGAUUACGGCUUGACAAAAGCAAAAGGGCGUAUGUAAGCACUUACGUAGCUGCACGUUCUUGAAUGUAGUGCGUGUCGUAAGUACUUGCGUGUCGUAAGUACUUGCGUGUCGUAAGUACUUGCGUGUCGUAAGUACUUGCGUGUCGUAAGUACUUGCGUGUCGUGAGUACUUGCGUAGCUGCAUGUUCUUGAUAAAUGUACUUUACUUUUACAUCUCAUCUUCAGAAAGGCAUACAUAAUACACCAGCUUCAAUUUUUCUUUCUAACUCUCGUCCCAAGAAAGGCAGCGACGAGCAUUCCUUGAUGGCACCAUCGCCUGCGAAAAAGGCUCCCGGAGGCCCUGCCAGUGGAAAGAACGUGUCAACCCUUCUCGACUAUUCGAAGUUGAAGGCGACGUUGCUGCGGUUUGUUCCACUAUUAAGGCAAUGAACUAGAUGAAUGGCGUGCAUCCUGAACGUGAACAUGAUCCUUAGAAGGAGCCUUUCUCCUAAUAGGCAUCUAAGGGGAAAAGUCGCCAAUUUAAUCAUGUAGCUUCCUCCUGGGUGGAUGGUGCUCCACUUGAGGUCCUAGCUCUAACACUAGCUGUGCUCUACCAGAACCUGCAGUCGGACAAGGAGAAGGGCGUGCUUCUAGAGGCGAUGGCUUUCGACAUGAAGAUGAAGCUCUGCCACGUGCAGUUCUUCAUUGAGAAAGCACCGCUGAUGACGCCUUUUAUCAUCAAGACGUUGUACUCGACGGUUCAUAGGGCAGAAGCGAUGCAGUUGGUCAGCUUGCUACCACAUCCCAGUCUGCAAAGGGCAGUGAGAGCGGCAACUAGUAAUGCAGUCUUCUUCAACGCGGACAACCCCACUGGGAGAUACAAACUUAGUAUCGAGAAUCCUACGGACAAAAACAUGGCGGAUACGGUACUUCUUGCAACAAAAAACACAUUGCUUUCCUGUUGCUGCUUCAAGUACUUCUUGGGACGAUUGGGUGUGGGAGAAGCGAUUCCAUAACUAGUUACUUAGUACAACUGCUGAAACUAGUUACUUACUUACUUCACCUGCUGAAACCCCACAGCUCAUCCGCCUCUCUAGUUGGGAGAAGCAAUUGCAAGAACAGGAGGAUAUGCCCGAAGAGAUCAAGGAUGCGUCACAGUAUGGCGAUAGAACGUGCCUUAGAAAUGUGGUUCUCAAUGGCAAACCAUAUAGGCCAGAAGAACUCGGGAGCGACGUCUUGCAGGGCGCAAUAGGUACUACUACCUAGUACAAUAGGUAUCUAUUUCAGUAUCGAGUACUGAGUAGGUAGCGUCGACGUACUUACAAUAUAAGAAUACUUAGGCAUCUACUUUAUCUAUUUCAGUAUCUUUAUCUAGUACCGAGUAGGUAGUCGAUUUCUAUUUCAGUAUCUAGUACUUCGAGUUGUAGGUAGUGGUAGUGUGGUAGAAAAAGUAAAUUGUUUGUUUCCGUUUCAUUUUAGAGUCGGAUUCCUCGAGCAAUCUUGUUCUUUUUUUCGACUUUCAGGCACUCUGGAAAUGGACUACCGCACGCGAAUAUUCACGGAGCAAGGCACGUCACUGAUACAGCCUCGAACUCACAGCCUUCUUUGGCGAGAGUUAAUGGAUAAGCUGUUUGAUAGUGACAUUUCUCUAAGGCUGUCACUGGUGUUAAAGCAUCCUCAAGAACUGUAAAUAUGUCCCUCCUCUGAGCGCAGAGUCUUUUCUCAAGGUGGAGAAAAGGCAGGCUUCAAGGGUCAUGGUCUGAAGGAAGAUGCGACUGCCGCGGUUCUUCUAGCUCUCUCUAAUCGCUACUCUGGGCAAAGUUCGCUGUUUUCGACAGAUUUCAUCGCAUCUGAGCAUAGACUAUCGCCAGUUGAAAGAAUUUGUCCUGUUCUUCGCACGUGCUCCAAAAGACACAAAUUGGUACUCGAAUGACCAACGAAAUGCGGAAGAAAUCGAAGCAGCAGACCCUAGAGUAGUCGGUGGUAUUUUUGUCGAUAGCGACGCCGCUACAUACUUGAGGAGUGAAGCUUUUUUGACGCUAUGGUCCAGAUGUCGAGAUCCGAAUUCUGUGGUGAUGACGAAUACAGGAGAGUUUAGGGCGAUUCCAGAUACAGAGGACGACGGACUGCUCUAUGAUCCAAGAGUGUUUUGCAGAGGUACUGUUUAUCCAUGGAACGUUUUUAGGAACCUUUGUCACUUCUUCGAAAACGAAAUGAUGCAGAAGUUUUGAAUCUAUUUUUACCACUUGAGCACCCACGACCUCAACCUCCUCCCACUACCUCCACACGCCAGCCGAGCAACGCGCCAUCGUAUCAACGCUAGGAUGGCUCACGUGUUUAGAUGUUAGGAGAAUAUGCGAUCCCGAGACGAAUUUCGGAGGGUUUUUCGAAUUGGACCUGGGUAUACAUGAAGAGUGGGUCGUGGCGAGGAUCAUCAUCAGCCUCGCCUCGAUGGAGGAUGGAGAUAAUUUAAUCAGUACUUUUUUUUGUACCUUAUUUCAGCUUCGAAUUCGAUGGAAGAUGGAUAUAUUUAUUAAUCUGAUCAGAAGUACUUUUUUUACCAUUCCUGAGUUCUUUGAAUGGUCCUACAUCAGACAGUUCUUUAGCCGCACGGCUACCGAUUUCUUCUAGAUUUUGUUAUCAUCUUUUCACAAGUAGCCACCAUCUUCACAGACCCCCACUGGACCGGUGCCCGCCAGUCUACUAUAGGUGGAUUCCAUGUGCCGAUUACGUGGAUCGAGGAACUCCCAGAGUUUGGUAUUUUCACGUGUCAAUACGUCCACGAAGAGCCCAGCUACGUAGAUCCUGAAGCGAGAAAAGAGCUCAUCGCCAAAUAUCUGCCCGAAUUUGAGGAUUUGAUUGCAUGGCGGAAGGACGAGGAGGGGAAGAAAUUGGUGCCUCCGAGUGAGCCGUAAGCUUAAGCGGUAGGAUGGAGAGGUAAUUUGUUGUUGUCUUUCAUGUUGGAGACCUAUUUUUAUUCCUAAUCUGACUAAUAAAGUUAUCGCAGAAAUCGUGUUUGUGUAGAGGUAAUUAUAGACUUCAUAUCGUAAAGUUAAAGAAGAGAUCAAGUAUGAUAUUUUUGCUUACCACUUCUAGCACUAGGAAAUAUGACCUCUAAGGCGAAGAUGGGGAAAGUUUCGAUUUAUUCCGCCCGCAAGGUACUAAUUUUGGUUAGCUACACCGACCAAUUGUUGAACUGUUUGUAAGUGCUAAAGUAGGAAGAUGAAAGCUUCUUGUUUAUCAUGUGUCGUUUCGUCAGUUUCUUUUUUUUCUACGCAACAUACAUAGAGAGUGAUCAACUAGUUACAUGUUGGACGCUCAUGCACAAGCGAUAGCAAUGCAAGAACGCACAUGCAUCGAUUGACAUGAUUUUGGAGAUCAUGCAUAGUUCAAAUCUGUCGUUGAGUAAAUUGACAUACCUAUCUAACAGUAUGACAAAAAUGCACUUGAACACUAGAACCACAACAAAUAACGAUAAAUGAAUGUUUACCUAAGAAGAAUCAAGGAAUCUGUAGAAGUACAAAAAAUAGGGCUAGCUAAUCUCGUGUACCGGUAUAGGUGCAACAGCAAUAUGAUCGUGAUCAUGACGCUACCUAGGGAAUAAGUGGAUAUGGAACUUCGAAAAUGAUUUUGCAUAGAAAAAAUGUGUUAUCUCAAAUGAACUUUCACUUUUUGUCUUGUAGUUUUUCAUCAUUUUCAUGGAA